GUGAGAACGAAUCUAGAAGCAGCUUUCCAGACGUAUGGAUACAGUGGGAGUGAAUGUGAUUGAGACAGCAGCUCUAGGGAGACCCUUCCAUCUGGGCAUGCUGUAUGACUGCAGGAAAGAUGCUCUCAUACCAGGAAUCACACUGUGGGAUCCAGAAAAGCUCAAGGAGAGCAUACGAACCCAUCCCCAAAUUAACACUGAUUUCAAAGUCUCUGCUUCAGACUCCAUUGAGGACAAAUCCAGCUUACUGAACAUCGACGGCUCUCUGAAACUCAGUCUUUUAGGUGGACUGAUCAAUGUGACAGGAGCAGCCAAAUAUCUCAACGACACCAAGAAGUCUUUCAGACAGCAGAGACUGACGCUGCAUUAUCACUCCACCAGCAGGUUUGAAGAACUGACCAUGAACCACUUGGCUUCUGAAAAUAUAGUUUAUCAUGAUGUGUUUGAUAAUGAUGCAGCGACACACGUGGUGACAGCAGUGCUGUAUGGAGCAGACGCCUGCUUUGUGUUUGACAGAGAAGUGUCAGCAGAUGAGAACAAAAGUACAGUAGAAGGAGAAGCAAAAGUGGCUCUUGAGAAACUCAAAUUCAUUUCAGGUGAUGCAAACAUCAGUCUGAAGAUGGAUGAAGCUCAGAAGAAUGCAGUCCAGAAAUUCACAUGCACAUUUUAUGGUGAUUUCCAGUUACCGUCGAACCCGACCUCUUUUAAAGAUGCGCUGAAGGUUUUCACUGAUCUUCCAAAACUGCUGGGAGAAAAGAAAGAGCUGAUGGUUCCUCUGAGAGUUUGGCUUUAUCCUCUGGACAAACUUCACUCGAAAGCUUCAAAACUUCAGAAAGAUAUCAGCAUGGAUCUCAUUAUUAAAACUGAAUCAGUGAUUGAGAGUUUAAAUACAGCUGAGAUGAGAUGCAGUGAUCUUCUUCUGAAAGACUCACCUGCUUCAACUUUUGCUGAAUUUUGUGAUAAAAUACAGCAAAUGAAGCAAAACUGCUAUGUAUACAAGCUGAGACUCAUGAAGAAACUCGGCUCUCUGCUGCCAAACAUCCGUGGAGACGUGAUGAAGGAAACAGCACUGAAUGAUCUUCUACAAGAACAUGAUGGAUCUCCAUUCAGAGGACGAGACCUGGCAGAAUGGCUGAAAGAGCGAGAAAGAGAGUCUAAAAUCAUUAAAUCAGUCCUCAGACAGCUGAAGGAUGCUGGUGCACAGGUAGAAGAUGAUCUAGAUGUCAUCUGGAUGGAUCUGGAAGUUGGAAAUCUGGUCUGUUACACGUUCACACCAUUGAACUGGACAGAUGUGCUCCUUCCUAAACAAACCACCUAUCUGAAUCCUUCAGCAAAAGGAGAAAAUGAUGUGAACUGCCCUGAUUCAGAGCAAAAGACUUGGCUCACUCCUGAGAUCCAAAAGAACAUGAAAAGCAACUUGGAGAUAUUUAAGAAAUUGAUCAAUUCAAAUUACUGUAAAUCAGACAUGUUCAUUGUGUCCUCAAGAGAGAUUAAGAAUAAUCCUGGCUCCUGUAUUCUGCUGUAUGAACAUGGAUGUGAUGAAGCUGUUUGCUUUAUUCCUCCAUCCAAACCAGUCUGUCCAGUCACUGAAGAGGUCACAGAAAACACUGUGGUUCUGAAGGUUCCUCCAGUGUGUUCUGCUACAGUGGAACUGAGAUUACUGUAUAAACUGAAGCAAGACUCAGUCUGGACAUCUAAACCUGUGAUGAAGAAUCAACACACAGUUACUCUGACUGAUCUGAGAGCAGAGACUGAGUAUGAGAUCAAAUGUGCAGCGCUGGGGAAACUCGACUACACCGUAUACAGUGACGUCAUCAGAGUCACUACAGAGGGAAGGAACAGAUCUGUUAUGGGAGCCACCAGCUACUCGAACGCCGUCCUGCAAACCCUCUACAUGACGCAGGAGUACAGGGAACGUGUUAUGAGAAUGAAGAGUAGAGAUGAUUCCUCUGAUGGUGACUUCAUUGAAGAGCUGAAGUCACUGUUUGAUAAAUUAGACAAAGAGUCUCGUCCAGUUUCAACAGCUGGGAUCUCAAGGAGCCUGGGCAUCACUGAUGUUUAUAAACACAAAGAUGCAGCAGAGUAUCUCUGUUUGAUUCUGAGCAAGACUCCUGGACCAUCUGAGAUUUUUAAGGGCACUAUGGAGAAAACUGGUAGAUGUGAUUCGUGCAACCAAAGGAUAUCAGAACAGAGUGAUUUCUUCACAAUGAACAUCUCUCUUAGAGAAUCAAAUGAUGUGGGCUUUGCUUUGAAGGCACGCAUUGAUCAAAUGCGUGCAUCUUCUGUAAGCUGCAGUCGCUGUUCACACAGAGAAACCAAGGCAAAUGCAAGUAUCUUCUCCAAGUCUGAUGUGUUUAGAGUUCAGUUCAGCUGA